UCGACCUCAUCUGUUGAUCUGCUUCACCUUUUCCGAUCCUUUAAACUGCUGGCAGAAGAGUAACAGGCAGGGUGUUAAGUUGAACAAACUCCCUUCUCUUCGUAGCAAUAUUUGGCAAAGAGAAGCCAUUUGUUCCCUUCUUCGCAACUCUAACGUAUCUUGUUACGUCCUGCCAUCUGACUACGACGUCUUUAUUUCAUCUGCCACUUCUUCUAAUCUCAAUUGGUUAGUACAACUUCAAUCUGGAGAGAAUUGGAAGGUGCUGGAAGCAUCGGACAUUAUCAAACAAAUGGACGAAUUUCGUUCCAUUCGAGCCAUUAUACAACCUUAUCCAUCGUUACCUCUAACAAUACUGGGGCAACCUGUAACCCUUCGAAUCUACAUCCUCAUCACAUCGACCUUCCCUCUAAGGGCAUACUUACACACGCAAGGAAUCGUUUACAGAAGGCAUUUGGUAGGGAAUAGAACUUUAAGAAAGAUACCGAGCCAAGUAUGGAACAUGAAUCAGUUCUGGAACCAUCUAAGGAUUAAAAAUGGCGAUCAUUCCGUCAGAUUAGCUAUAAGAAGAUUGUUUGGUGUUCUGGUUCAGAUUUUAUUAUCCCUAGAAACCCUGCUUUCUACCGAAGAUAAUGCUCAGAGAAGGCGAGAUUUUUACUUUAAAAAUAAUGCCAUGCGUCUCCGUCCAUGGUUUCGAGUUCGAUGUAUUCGCGAUUGGUUGUGCCUCGCUCUAUUGUUGACUUCACUUAGUUUGUACUUCAACCAUAGAGUUUUUAAUCCUCAAUAUCACUCUACCUUCAGUGGUUUCGAUUCUUCGACUACUUUAAAGAGGAGCAUCUUAAAUCAGAUCGGAAAUGAAAGCGGAAGUACAUCCUGUAUUAGAAGUCGAAUUCAUCGACUUCUUACCGAAAUCGAAGAGAAGACUCUUAGAUUAUGGAAAGAAACUAAUUCCAAAAUAGCGUUAGUCAGGGGUCAAAGUUCGAUCAUCGCACGAGACUUCUCUACUUAUCAAGCAGUACUAGAAAAUCUGGGUUUUAUCGUCAAGACGUGGUCGUCCGGCAACAACUCCGACAAUCUUCGACCUCAUCUGUUGAUCUGCUUCACCUUUUCCGAUCCUUUAAACUGCUGGCAGAAGAGUAACAGGCAGGGUGUUAAGUUGAACAAACUCCCUUCUCUUCGUAGCAAUAUUUGGCAAAGAGAAGCCAUUUGUUCCCUUCUUCGCAACUCUAACGUAUCUUGUUACGUCCUGCCAUCUGACUACGACGUCUUUAUUUCAUCUGCCACUUCUUCUAAUCUCAAUUGGUUAGUACAACUUCAAUCUGGAGAGAAUUGGAAGGUGCUGGAAGCAUCGGACAUUAUCAAACAAAUGGACGAAUUUCGUUCCAUUCGAGCCAUUAUACAACCUUAUCCAUCGUUACCUCUAACAAUACUGGGGCAACCUGUAACCCUUCGAAUCUACAUCCUCAUCACAUCGACCUUCCCUCUAAGGGCAUACUUACACACGCAAGGAAUCGUUUACAGAAGGCAUUUGGUAGGGAAUAGAACUUUAAGAAAGAUACCGAGCCAAGUAUGGAACAUGAAUCAGUUCUGGAACCAUCUAAGGAUUAAAAAUGGCGAUCAUUCCGUCAGAUUAGCUAUAAGAAGAUUGUUUGGUGUUCUGGUUCAGAUUUUAUUAUCCCUAGAAACCCUGCUUUCUACCGAAGAUAAUGCUCAGAGAAGGUGUCAACAAUGCUUCCAAUUGUUAGGAUUCGACAUCCUGUUCGACAUAUCCCUGCACCCGUACGUAGUAGAAGUGAACGGGCAGCCAGAUAUGAGGCAUACAGACAACGUCAUGACCAAUAACAUCAAAAGGGGUGUAGUUAGUGACACCACGAACUUAGUAUUCGCCAUAGAUUCGGUCAGCGAUCGAGUUACAGAAGCAUUAAUGAGAUUAGAUCCGGAAGCAAUUGGAAUUCUGGGCAUUAACUGUCGGGUUAAUCACGAAUUUUGUUUGAGUUAUACCGAUUUAAAUCUCUUAUUGGAUACCCAAAGAGAAUAUUUGAAUAGAGGAGGAUUUAUUCAG